CAUUGGCUAUGUUGUUGGUUGUUGUUAUUUCUCAACAUUUCUAUUAAUAUGAUGCUUUGACUGGCUGUCUGUUGCCUCCCAGUCGAAAGUCCCGGCAUUGUAGGUUAUUAAGAGGUUCAGGUUUUAUCUUUGCAGGUUUUAUCAUUGAGAUUGAUUUUUUCAUUGCGUUUUGAAUUGACAAAUAUAGGAAUAUUUUGUCAAUGUUGUGCCUAUAGUUACGUUAGUUGAGUGUUUCAGUCUGAACUACUUGGUUAAACUUGAGUGUUUAAACAACUAGGAUGUAAACGUAUAUCAUUCCUUGCAAUCGGGUUUUUGUCAGCCCAUUACUGUAAUAGGCCCACAAUCAAUUUAAUAAAAGUUGUUUUUUCGGCAUUCCGGCUUUGCGAGCGAGCCCUGCUGCGUGCAGAUGGCUGGUAGGUUAUUGUAGUCUAUUUUAGUAGGAGGUAGUUUCAUGUUCGGCCACAUAGUGGUACUAUUCAUUGAAAACGACGUGCGCUUUUCUUGCCACCACCUCAAGUGUAAUUGCCUUUCAGAGUUGAUUCGAAGUGUGCUCGGGAGUCCGGUUUGCUUCGGCGGCAUGUCCAAAUCAGAAUGAAUUUGAUACAGUUCUAAUCAACUGGAAAUGGGAAUAUUGUUGACGCUGUCUGCGGAGUAGGCGAUGUCUCUCUCACGGGUUUACUCUCUCGGGUCACAGAAACUGACCCUAAAAUAAUGCGUUGUGAGUCAUAAAUUAAAAUAGACGUAACCCUUCGUUCUAAAACGGAUCCAUUGGGAGACAAUACCGAAGAAACAAGACAUUGGUCCCAGCGGAGAACACCGUGCGACGAAAGGGGAACUUAUUGAAGCGACGUUCAUGAAUCCAAAACCGACCCACAAGUGAGCUGAAGGUGUUGAAGUCUCUCUAGUGCUUUUCCUUAUAGAAUGAUGUCUUCCAAGCAAGCCACACCUCCGUUUCCCCCAGCGACAGAGGAAGAGGAUGCAAUGGGUGAGGACAAUGUGGGCUGGGCAAAUGAGGACAGAGAAAGCCAGGACCAGCCGUCCAUGCCCGCUCUGCACGGCAAACCCCUCCCAGAGGAGUACCAGCCAAUCAGAGACAGCCAGCCUGAGUCAGUAUGGGAGAGAAUAGGCUCUACUCAGACGGACAAUAGUAGCAGCAAGGGCUGUUCCUUGUACUCCUACCGGAAUAACUCUACCUCUCCACCAAAGCCUGAGGAGUGUUCCCGGGAGCGGGGCGAGCAGCUAGGCGGAUCUGCCUUUGGAACACCGGAGCGCCGCAAAGGAAGCCUGGCCGACGUGGUGGACACACUGAAACAGAAGAAACUGGUGGAGCUGACAAAGACAGAGCAGGACGAGUCGACCUGUGUGGAGAGACUUCUGUCUAAGGACUGGAAAGACAGGAUGGACAGACUGAAUGCCAGCAAGCUCCUAGGAGAGGUCAAAGGUACCCCAGAGAGUUUGGAGGAGAAGGAGCGGCAGCUGUCCACCAUGAUCGACCAGCUUAUCAGCCUGCGGGAGCAGCUCCUGGCGGCCCACGAUGAGCAGAAGAAGAUGGCCUCCUCACAGAUGGAGAAACAGAGGCAGCAAAUGGAACUGGCCCGCCAGCAGCAGGACCAGAUUGCGAGGCAACAGCAGCAGCUCAUGCAGCAGCAGCACAAGAUCAACAUUCUCCAGCAGCAGAUACAGGUGCAGGGUCACAUGCCUCUGAUGAUCCCAGUGUUUCCUCACGACCAGCGAUCUCUGGCUGCUGCCGCCGCCGCUGCACAGCAGGGCUUCCUCUUCCCACACAACAUGUCCUACAAACCAGGUGAUAACUACCCCAUGCAGUUCAUUCCAUCCACAAUGGCAGCUGCAGCCGCGUCAGGACUGAGCCAGCUACAACUACAGCAGCUGUACGCCACCCAGCUGGCCAGCAUGCAGAUCUCACCUGGAGCCAAAAUGGCCUCACUGCCGCAGCCUCCCAACUCCUCAGGCCCCCUCUCGCCCUCCGCCUUGAAGAGUGAAAAGAGAGCAUUGAGUCCUGUCGCUCACGUUAAGGAGGAAGGGUCGACGCAGCCCCUGAACCUCUCAGCCCGAUCCAAGACUGGCGAACCCCACCGCUCCCCGUCCUCGCCGUCACACUGCCUGUUCCCCAGCAACAAGACCAGCCCCAUCAGCCUGGGGAAGGGGCGCAUCCCCAGCCCCCUCUCCAACAUGGGCAGAGGCUCACUGGACAUCCUGUCCAGCCUGAACUCCACUGCGUUGUUUGGGGACCAGGACGCAGUGAUGAAGGCCAUCCAGGAGGCAAGGAAGAUGAGGGAGCAGAUCCAGAGAGAACAGCUUCAUCACCAGCAGCAGCAAAGCCUGGAGGCCAAGCUCACGGCCCUGAGCGGCAUGAGCCUCAGCAAUGGCAGCAAGGAGCGGAUGCACUUUGAGAGUUUGAGUCAGCACCUGGGCAAACUGGGAGAAGAUGGAAAGAUGGGCCACAGGGUCAUUGACCUCACCAGACCUGAGGAUCUUGAUGGUGGUGCCAGCACUACGGAAGCACGGGUCUUCAGGGAGGCCAGGGGCAGGAACAGUACCGAGCCCCACAUCAAGAGGCCCAUGAAUGCCUUCAUGGUGUGGGCCAAGGAUGAGAGGAGGAAGAUCCUGCAAACCUUCCCCGACAUGCAUAACUCCAACAUCAGCAAGAUCCUGGGCUCUCGCUGGAAGUCCAUGAGCAACCAGGAGAAGCAGCCAUACUACGAGGAACAGGCCCGUCUCAGUAGGAACCACCUGGAAAAGUACCCCAACUACAAGUACAAGCCCCGGCCGAAGAGGACCUGCAUCAUCGACGGGAAGAAGCUGCGCAUCGGGGAGUACAAGCAGAUGAUGCGCUCGCGGCGCCAGGAGAUGAGGCAGUUCUUCAGUGUGGGGCCACAGCCUCAGAUCCCCAUCAGCAACAGCGCUGGCGGCCUCUACCCGGGCGCCAUCACCAUGGCAACGGCCACACCUUCGCCUCACCUGACAUCGGACUGCUCCAGCGCCUCGGCCAGCCCCGAGCCCGCAAUCCCCGUCAUCCAGAGCACGUUCGGCGUGGUCAAGCCCGAUCCGGUUGCCAUGGUGACCGGUGACCACCCGGUCAACGGGGAGGACGAGAUGGACAGGUACGAAGACUUUGAGGUCAAAUCGGAAUACAGCAGCGACCAUGAGACACGGGAGCCUGUCAGUGCCAACUAAGUGUGCUCAGAAGAACUUCUGAACUUUUAUAACUUUUUUUAAGCAGGACAAUAUGACAGAGACUGAGUUCUGCUCAGAACAACUUUUCAACAGUACGAGGGGGGCGGAACAGUUCCGUCUGGGAUUUGAUGCACCACGGACUGAGCAUGCUCAGAUUGACUCUGGACAGGACGUGACAUACACUGAGCAUUCUCUGAUUGACUCGGGACAGGACUUGACAUACACUGAGCAUUCUCUGAUUGACUCUGGACAGGACGUGACAUACACUGAGCAUUCUCAGGUCUCACAGAUCGCCCAUGUUUCUCAAACUACCAUUUUGGAAAAUAACACUUCUUCUGAACAAUCCCAUACCGAGUGAUUGGGCUGAGACAACCUCCAAACAGAUAGACAGUGAACAUGCUCACACCAAGACAAUCUAACACAGACAAGAGCUAGUAAGAGUCAGGGCGAUGAGAAGAGAAUGUUCGGACAAAGAGAUAACUGACACAUUUCUGCCUGUGGUUUUUUAAAGGAGCAUCCAUGGAUUUGACUGAGACAUCAGAAAUUUGUCUUCAACAGCUAUCGGUCUUAAAUGUUUAUUUUAAGUGUGAUUACGUUUUUAUGAUGCGUUUCCUUUGAUUGUGGGUUUCUUGAUUUCCAUGGACAUUUUCCUGACAGGUUACUUACUGCCUGUAAAACCUUGAACUGUCAGGACUUUAACAUUUGAAAGUUAAUAUAAAUCCUUAGCUCUCGUCUUACAUUAUUAUUUCUUAUGAGUACAGUACAUCUACACCUUUCUCGACAAAUACUUACAAUAUGUUACAAUACUGUUCAUGAUGGGGUUUUAUAUCCUUGCUCAGGUAUGCUUUGCCAGCUUGUGAAUGUGGUUUUGAUUUCAUACAAGUGAGUGGUAGGAAUUUUCAGACUGACAAUGAAACAUAGGAGAAAAUACUUAUUAUUAUUAUUAUUAUUAUUAUUAUUAUUAUUAUUAUACUUAUUAUUUUCUGAGAUAUUGUACAGUUUUUCUUCAAAUGUGCCAAACCUACAUUCACAUCCCUCUGAAAUAUUCUAGUCUUAAUGUUGAUGCUGCAAAAAGUCUUAUACAAUCAGUUUUUAUUGCUGAGGUGUCCAUAUUAGGAGAAAGCUGCUGCUUUAUCUGACAUCCGCAUUGCAGAUGUUUUGGUGGUGUCAGAGGUGGAACUGCGUUAACGCUGUCAAAUCCACAAGUGGGUCAUGGCAUUAUACCUAAAGCAGACAUUGC